AACAUGAAAAAUAUUGUUUUCCUUGUGAUCAUUGCACUUGUCUCAUCAUCAGCAUCAUCAAAAGUUACAUACAAUGUGACAAGUUUCGGAGCCAAAGGCGACGGCAACACCGACUCGACAAAGGCGUUUCUCAGCGCUUGGUCGGCUGCAUGUAACUCUACCAAGUCGGCUGUCAUUUACGUCCCCACCGGCACCUUUUUACUAGCAACCGCCAUCACGUUUGCCGGUGAAAGAUGUCAGAGCAGUUCCAUCACGAUACGCAUAUAUGGCACGCUUGUCGCUCCUUUUAACUACGCCGCUAUUGCGAACUCGGGUGACUGGAUUAGGUUCCAUAGAGUCAACCAUGUCACCAUCUCGGGUGGUACCCUCGAUGCCCGAGGUGGUUCGCUUUGGUCAUGCAAAACCUCUGGCAAAAGCUGUCCGUCCGGAGCUACGACACUGGGAAUAUACAAUUCAAAGAAUAUUGUUAUAAGUGGCUUGAAGUCUAUAAACAGCCAAAUGUUCCAUAUUCUACUAGAUGCAUGCACCAAUGCAAGGCUACAAGGAGUGAGCAUCUCAGCAUCUGGCGCUAGCCCGAACACGGAUGGCAUACACUUAAUAUCGUCGAAUGGUGUCACCAUCUUGAAUUCCAAAAUCGCUACGGGGGAUGAUUGUAUAUCUAUAGGUCCUGGCAAUAGUAACCUUUGGAUACAGACGGUCGCGUGUGGCCCUGGUCAUGGCAUCAGCAUCGGAAGUCUAGGGUGGGAACUCGACGAGCCAGGUGUACAAAACAUAACAGUAACGAUGGCAACCUUUCGAGGAACUCAAAACGGCGUAAGAAUAAAGACAUGGGCAAGAGCAAGCCACGGGUUCGUAACAGGUGCUCUUUUCCAACAUGUGACCAUGGUCAACGUCAGUAAUCCGAUCAUCAUUGAGCAAAGGUACUGCCCCGACAAAAACAACUGCCCAAAUCAAGUGUCGGGUGUGAAGAUCAAGGACGUGGUGUAUGACGAUAUACAUGGAACAUCGGCCACCAAAGUGGCGGUGAAACUCGAUUGUAGUCAGGGUAACCCAUGCAGCGGGAUAAGACUAAAAGACGUUAACCUUAACUAUGUUCGUGGGAAUCAACCAGCGGUUUCCUCUUGCGCGUAUGCUGCUGGGACCGCGUCUGGCAUAUCUAACCCGACAAGCUGUCUCUAGUUAACUAGUUGUGUUGCUCGGUUUGAAGAUUCGAGUAUUUCAAGACAUCUUCACCAUGAGUUUUGUUCUUUACAUUGGCUGCUAUUUUUUGAUGUAAAAUGUAUUGUAUAAAACCAUCCUUUACUUUCUUUCUAUCUAUCUUUUGCUGCAUUUUUU